GGGCGGAGGGAGCGGGCGAGCGAGCCGUGGCGGAGCUGGAAGGGGAAUUUCAAAACAAGCUGCGCGAGGGAAGGAAGGAGCCGAGCUGGCAGGCGAGGCGGAGCGCGCGCGGAGCUGUGGGUCCGAGAUGGCGAGUGUUCUCUCCAGGAGGUUGGGGAAGCGGUCCCUGCUGGGCGCCCGAAUUUCCGCUCCCCCCUUGCUGGCGGACGGGGUGCUGAUGAUGGCCCCGCUGGAGCACGUCAAAGAGUCUCCUCGGCUGGCUUCGUGUGAGGACAGCCGCUUCAAGGAGACUGUCGGAGACUCUGGCGGUCAGAGCCAGAACUGGCCACUCUUGCACCCAGGCCAAAAGGUCUACGUCUUCUACAAAGGGCAAGAAGCCCCCGGCUUGGUGGAGCACCACGACCUCCUCAGCAACGAAGUGAAGGUGCUGCUCCUGGAACAGGGCUUCUACGUCUGCCGGAAAGCUGAGGAAGUCAGGCUGGCUAACAUCCAGGCCUUGCCUCUCCCAGCCCUGGAGAUGGACCUCGGGGCUCCCGCCACGACGGGCUACGACGCCGUCCCGGUGGCCAUGGACCACGGGCCGGCCACGGAGGUGGCUGCCGCAGCAGCGCCUGGACCCAGGUCGGUCUCCAGGAGCAUCGACGUGCCAAAAAGGAAAUCGGAUGCUGCUGCUGUGGAGAUGGACGAGAUGAUGGCAGCCAUGGUCUUGACCAGCUUAUCCUGCAGCCCUGUGGUCCAGAGCCCCCCGAAUGGUGAUGCUGGCAUCCCAGCAUCCCAAGCGGCGGGCGAUGUGUGGAAGGAAAGCGGAGACAUGUCAGACGGUGGCAGCAGCAGCACCAGUGGGCACUGGAGCUGUAUGUCCACCCCGUCUCCGCCCCAUUCCGAGGCCAGCCCCAAGUACUCGAGCGAAGCCUUCAGUUCCCCCCGGCCGGACGAUGGCUUCGAGACGGACUUGGACCCCUUCAUCUUUGAUGAGCCUGCUCCCCGGAAGAGAAAGAACUCUGUGAAGGUGAUGUACACCUGCCUGUGGCCCAGCUGCGGAAAAGUCCUUCGCUCCAUCGUGGGGAUCAAGAGGCACGUGAAGACCCAGCACUUGGGAGACGGCGCCAAUUCUGACCAGCGGAAGAGGGAAGAGGAUUUCUACUACACGGAAAUGCAAGUGAAGGACGAGGCGCCCCCAGAACCCGCGGCGGCCGUCUCCAGCCCCACCUCCACCUCUGUGGGUGCCUCUUCUCCCAUCGCCAUCCAGCAGACUCCAUCGCAGCCAGAGGCUCUCAUCCUGGACCAAGCAGUCCCCCUGGAGCGUCACUUGCCCAGCAGCGCCCUCAGCCAGUCGGCUCCUAGCUCCUUCUGGCACAUCCAAGCCGACCAUGCGUAUCAGGCUCUGCCGUCCAUCCAGAUUCCCGUAUCCCCGCACAUAUUCACAAGUAUCAGCUGGGCUGCCGCGACAUCUACCAUCCCCACCCUCUCGCCGGUGCGAAGCCGGUCCCUGAGUUUCAGCGAGCAGCAGCCUCUGCCGCCACUUCCUCCUCCUCCGCCGCCACCUGUCUUGAAAUCCCACCUGAUUGUCACGUCUCCUCUGCGGGCUCCCAGCAGCUCGAGGAAAGUCCGCGGCGAAGCCAAGAAGUGCCGGAAGGUCUAUGGCAUUGAGCACCGCGACCAGUGGUGUACCUCUUGCCGGUGGAAAAAGGCCUGCCAGCGAUUCCUGGACUGAGCGCGUGCAAGUUUCCCAGCGGAAAGGUGGAGGGAGCGGUUCUCUCUCUCGCUGCCAGCCAAGCGCCAAGGGGCCAGACCUCUGUGUGUCUUUGCAGCGUCCGUGCCCUUUGCGAGCCACUCUCCCCGUGCUUCAGCGGAGAUCUCGAGAGCCCACCUGUCCAACCUGGGCUCCGUAUAUUCUACGUCCGACAGGUGUUUUUUCUUUCUUUCU